CUCAAAUAUCCAUUCAGAAUCUGUGCUUCACUCUUAGAGCUCUAAGCCCCGCCUCUUCAGGUGAAGACAUGAAGACAGAGCCUGUGAUGGACAGCACAGAUUACACAGGGGUGGAGUGGAGAUCCAGUUUGAUUAAAAAUGAAGAUGUAGAGGAGAGUAUAGAAGAGAAGAAUGGACAUGGGAUGAGCAGGGAGGAAAAACUCAUUCUCUCCAACAUAAAGGAAGAGGAGGAGGAAGGUGGAGAAUGGCAGAGUGGGGAGGUGAAGAGGGAGGAUGGUGUGAAAGGUGAAGAGGGGGAUGAAAUUAUUUCAAAAUUCAAGCAAACUGACAGAUGGCUGAAGAAAGAAGGAAUACUAGACUGCAGAAAACAGGAAGAGGAUGGCUCCAAAUCUCUAGUUACUUCCUGUCUGCCCAGUCAGUGCAGAGUACCCUCCCCUGGAUCUUCUCUCAUCUCAUCUGGUAAAAGAGAGUCUGAGGUGUUUGCCUGCUCCCAGUGCCCAUUCAUUCACAUGGAAGAAGCGAAGCUUCACCAGCACAUUGAGAAGGUUCACCCAGAGGAGCACAGCAGGAUUCUGAGGUCUGGAGGAAACGGAGCAGAGGACCCACUGCCUCCCAGCAGCACACAUCAGCACCCCACACCCCCUAAAACACUCCCCACCCCGACACAGUCCCACACAGGCACUCCAGGGGCCCACACCUGCUCCCAGUGUGGGAAGAGCUUCAGAUCUAAAUCACUCCUGACAGUACAUGAGCGAACCCAUACAGGAGAGCGCCCAUACCACUGCUCCCAGUGUGGGAAGAGCUUUGCAAGCAAAUCCUAUCUGACAGUACAUCAACGAAUCCAUACAGGGGAGUGCCCGUAUCAGUGCUCCCAGUGUGGGAAGAGCUUCAUAACUAAAUCACUCCUGACAAUACAUCAGCGAAUCCAUACAGGAGAGCGCCCAUACCACUGCUCCCAGUGUGGGAAGAGCUUCCGUGAGGUAAAAUGUCUGAAGUCACACCAGCAGAUUCACACAGGAGAGCACCCAUACCACUGUGCCCAGUGUGGGAAGGGUUUUAGUUACUUGAAUAAUCUGACAGUACACCAGCGGGUUCACACAGGAGAGUACCCAUACCAGUGCUCGCAGUGUGGGAAGAGCUUCAGUCAACCAAGCAGUCUGACGACACAUGAGCGCAUUCAUACAGGGGAGCGCCCGUACCACUGCUCCCAGUGCGAUAGGACAUUCACUCAGUUGUGCAGUCUGACAGUUCAUCAAAAAACACACACAGGGGAGCGCCCGUACCACUGCUCCCACUGUGGGAAGGCAUUCCGAACUUCCGGAAACCUAAGAUCACACGAACGAGUUCACGCGCGGGACUGCCUGUUCCACUGCUUCCAGUGCGGGAGGGGUUUCAAAGAGUCAAGUGCAUUGAUUGUGCACCAGCAGAACUGUGCUGGAGACUACUCUGCCCUCAGCUCUGAGAGGAGAAGGAGCUUUGCUCACUCCAGGCAUAUGGCUGAUGACCAAGGCUCCUAGAAAAUGUUUUGUUGUGCUGGAGGACUGUUGGUACAAGGGGUUGAUAGAGCCGUGAUUUCAAGCCAUGUGUAAAAAAAAAAAAAAAAAUUACUGAUUAUUUGCAGUAGUCAUCUCAAUUAUAUAUUCAGUCACCUCAUAAUCAGGUGCAUUAAAACAAUGUUUAUAAACACUGCUUAUGUUGGUUGGCAUAAUUGAAAUGUGCACAGAGGGCGCACAAAGUAGUGUUGGUAGCUGUGAAUGUCGCACAUUAAAGGGGAAAAAAAGGUUCAACAUGUUGCCAUUAAAUUUUAUCAACAUUUU